CUUCGACAAGCCCACCUCGGAAGUAAGGUUCAAAAUAAAUAAUUUCGCCUUAUAUCGCUGCGCACAGUGAGCUCUCUUACAGAUCCUCCGUGUUUUAUACUAAUUUCAUUCACCGCCUGAAGCUUUGACAUGUCUACGGAAAAGUGUUUCGCCAAAGGGAGUGCUGCACCUGGUCCAGUCCCCAAAGACCACAUCAGACUUUACAGCAUGAGAUUCUGCCCCUUCGCCCAGAGGACCAGAUUAGUGCUGAAUGCCAAGGGGAUCAAGUAUGACACCAUCAACAUUCAUCUGAAAGACAAACCUGAAUGGUUCCUUGAGAGGAAUCCUCUUGGUCUUGUCCCAACACUUGAGACAAGUGCUGGUGAGGUGAUCUAUGAGUCGCCCAUCACCUGUGAAUACCUGGAUGAAGUUUACCCGGAGAAGAAGCUGCUUCCUACCUCUCCUUUUGGUAAAGCUCAACAGAAGAUGAUGCUGGAGCAUUUUUCCAAGAUAACCCCGUACUUCUACAAGAUCCCCAUGGGAAGAAAGAACGGGGAGGACGUCUCAGGACUCGAAGCUGAACUGAAAGAGAAGUUUGCCAAAUUAAAUGAGGACCUGGUUAAUAAGAAGACCAAGUUCUUCGGUGGAGAUUCCAUCACAAUGAUCGACUACAUGAUGUGGCCGUGGUUUGAGAGGCUGGAGAUCUUUGAGCUGCAAAGCUGCCUUGACGGUACACCUGAGCUGAAGAAGUGGACAGAGCGUAUGUUGGAGGAUCCGGCUGUCAAAGCUACCAUGCACAGUAUGGACACCUACAAGGCCUUCUACCAGUCUUACGUUGUGGGGAAACCCGACUAUGACUAUGGCCUGUAGAAAAUAACUCAUCAAAACCUUACAUUUUUGGUGAUAAAUACUACAAUAUGUUAGCAUUAAGGGGAUACAGUGAAGAACAAAUGUAUUUCUGGGGGGAAAUUUAAGACAUGACAGAUGAUUUUUGUAUUGAGGGGAAAUUAAUUGCCAUAAGGGAAAUGAGGUACUGUGAGGUAAAUCUGAUUUUCAAUGAUCCAUUCAGAAGUUUGUAUUUUUUUUUUUUUUCUAAUAAAAAUGAGAUGUAAUGAC